AUCCAAGCUUGGGGAAGCUUAUUUUUGAGGCUGGAAAUGCAAAGGAAGCGUGCUGCAGAAAACAAUUGGUGUAGUCUAGCUGGCACCAGGUUGCAGCUGCACUCGCCUGCCUGCCGUGCCUGAUAUGGCUGCUGUCAAUGAAGGCAAUUGUAUGCAGAGCACUGCUGGGCUGUCAGCUGCGGCUCCCGAAGGGCUGGUUGCAGUAUUUUGGUGAUGUCUGAAGAUGCAGGCAGAUGUUGGGAGAACAAAGCAACCACACUGAGUAAGGCACCAGAACCACGGCACAAGGAAGAAAAGCUUCUUCUUUUAACCCGACUGCCUUUGAAGAAGGGACUCAGACAUCUUCAUGGCCUCUAAAGAUGCACAGAACCAGAGAAGAGGUCUGCCCAGUUUUCUUCCCGGAGCUCCAGACCCAGACCAUGGCGUUCACGUCUCACCGUCCAAUUCAGGGAACUUAGUGUGGCAGCCGGGUCUCCCUCCACCAGGCAGUCUCCCUCCUGGUCUGGAAUAUUUAAGCCAGUUAGACCUGAUAAUUAUACACCAGCAGGUGGAACUUCUUGGAAUGAUACUUGGCACUGAGACCUGCAACAAAUACGAGAUUAAAAACAGCUUAGGACAAAGAAUUUACUUUGCAGUGGAGGAAAGCAUCUGCUUCAACCGUGCUUUCUGCUCUACGCUGCGCUCUUGCACACUGAAGAUCACCGACAACUCAGGCCGAGAGGUCAUCACAGUCAACAGGCCCUUGAGGUGUAACAGCUGCUGGUGCCCUUGCUACCUACAAGAGUUAGAAAUCCAAGCCCCUCCUGGUACUAUAGUUGGUUAUGUUGCACAGAAGUGGGACCCCUUUCUGCCUAAAUUCACAAUUCAAAAUGCAAACAAAGAAGAUAUUUUGAAAAUUGUUGGUCCUUGUGCGACAUGUGGCUGUUUUGGCGAUGUGGAUUUUGAGGUGAAAACUAUUAACGAAAAGCUUACAAUUGGAAAGAUUUCAAAGUACUGGUCGGGCUUUGUAAAUGACGUUUUCACCAAUGCUGACAACUUCGGAAUUCACGUUCCUGCAGAUCUAGAUGUCACAGUCAAAGCAUCGAUGAUUGGUGCCUGUUUUCUCUUUGAUUUUAUGUUCUUUGAACAUUCACUGGCUGGAUUAUAACAAGCAAGAUGACAAAAACAAUAAAAUAUGCAGAACAUAUUUCAAAAUCCCUUGGGCUCUGGAUUUCAUUUCUGAAUGGUCUGAGUAUUAGAUUUUUUUUUUGGUAACAAAAUGUUAAUUAUUAUAUUUAUUAAAGCAUAAUGUAAUGAAGCAAUUAUCUGGUUGUGAAUGCAUGAUAGUUAAAGACGCAAUGACUGGCCCCAGCACAGUGUUGCUUUGAGAGAUGAGCAUUCUUUCUUUUUAUCCUUUGAAGUUAUUGCAUGGUAAGCAUGAAAGAUGAGAGCUAAGGCUUGCAGCAUCAUUGAUGAAAAUUCAAUGUUUAGAAAGCACUUUGAAGUUUUUCUGGUACUAGGGCUGCUUGCUGAUCAAAAGGACUGGACUUCUAAAGUAUUUUUUUCAUAGUCUUUUUUACUGUUUAUUAAUCUUAUUACAGUGAGACGUUUUUACGUUAUACUGGAAAAGUUAAAAGUUGGGUAAAUAAUAUGUUUAAAAAUGAGACGCAAGAUAGACGAAAUCAAUUUGUUCUAGUGGCAAAAGGCAUGCUUACCUUCUAUAAGGAAGCUAAUAUUUACAAAUCAAAGCAUGCUUUAAAUGCAUACCUGUGCUAGAGAUUUAAAUAAGCAUAUUAAUAGACUUCUAAGUUGGUAAAAGCAGUGGAUAGAGUAGAAACUUUAUCUAUUUGCAGAAAAAGUUCAUUCCAAAAAGGAUCUAAGGCUCUGAAAAAAUGGACAACUCCCAGGACUUAAAAACAAGCAAACAAAAACAAACAAACCUUAAUACAUGAGGCAAAUGCAGAAGUCAGGAAACUGCCAAUUCACUUAAUUAAUGCCUUCCAUCCUAAUGUUUUCAGAGUCGUCCAGAUUAUUACAUCUAGUUAUCCGCACAUUCCCCACGUCCAUAAAAGAGGAAAAUUUCUUUUUGUGAAUAACAAUAAUCCCUCUCCUCUUUUCAAAAUGAGGAAACAAAUUUGUUUUAAGCAAAGCACCAUGUAGGCUCUACUUUAGAAUUACACAAAUACUACCCAAAUCUCCAUCCACAAAUAAGGUGUUUAAAGAAUCUCCAGAUAAUCGCCCACUUAGUAAAGGGAAUGUGUUCCAAGCCUCUGUCACUUAGUUCUUUGGAAUUAGGAAUUUAUCAUCUGGAAAUAAUCUUGUAUGUGGUAGUUAAGUUCCUCAGAUAGCCCACAUCAGUUUGGUUCUGGGUUCUGGAUUAAGGGUUUUGACUGGGUAAGAUGAAGGGAAAAGAAUCUUUCCUCUAUUUUCUGGUUCAGUUUCCUUUAGCAUUCUUCAUCCUUACUUGACACCUUUCUGAAUGCCUUUCUGGAAGGGAACAGAAGUCCUAUGUGCUGUGAUAGACGUCACCCUGAGCCUGGCUCUGCCGUGUGCUAGCCGUGCAUCCAUAAACCGAGCAUGGAGUCUUUCUGAACCUCCUCAGGCUUCCAGUAUGUUACCUUGCAGAGCUUUGUGAUGCUUUAGGGGAGUGAAGCUUUUCCUCUAUUUCCUCUUUAUCUUACUUUAUCUUACUAACGUGUGUGUGAUUUAUGGUCAUUUACAACCAGCUAAAGGAAAUGGCAGUUUUUAAGCUGAUGCUUAUUAACCAAUAAAAUGGGGAGAAUAGCUAACAUUUUCUGCAGGCUUAUUACAAGCUAGACAUUAGGCUUGCUAUGAAUUCUUGGUGGGAGAGCAAAAUGAAAUGAAAAUAAAGAAGAAUCAGGCAAUAUGUUGAAGACUGCCUGGCAACCCAUCCUUCCCCCUCCCCACCCUGUACUCCACGUCCCAAAUUUUCUCCCUAAAGAUGAUCCUGCUUUCAUAGCUUCUUCUUGUCCUUUACUUUAAUUUCUAAAACGAAAGAUUUUUUUGUAAUUGCUGUCACAGCAGCAGCAGUUGAAACUUUCACAGUGGGGUAAAGAUGAGAGAAAGAAAACACCAUUUGUAAAUACAGUCUUCUAAUGACAAACUUUUGGAUUUAGGAAACAAAAUUCAAAUACCCUAAAACAAAAGAAAAGAGCUACUUGAUACCUACAUCUCAUGGAGACUUCCCAAGUAUGAAAAUCCUUCUGAGAACAUGGCAUUCAUUUUAAAGUUGGCUGUAUUAACUAAAGACCUGCUAUGGUAUUUGCUCCUGCAUUGGCACAUACGACAAAUUAGAACCCAUCCUUUCUCCCCUUCUUCAUGAAAGGUGAAACUUAUCUUUAAAUGUCUUCCAUGCACCACCUUUACUACCAAACAUGAGCCCAUGAAAGACUAGCAAGACUCUUGCUACUCAGUGAACAUUUUAAUGAAAAGAAUGCAGGUCUAGAAUGAGAUGGGUCCUCUACGCAUCAAUCACUGCCUUUCCUUGGCCCACUGUGUUCUCAGAACAGAGGUUCCAACUCUGUUUCCUCUGAAAUAUAUUGGCAAAGUCUUGACAAGAUGCAAAUGCCUUUCUUUCUUUCUUUCUUUCUUUCUUUCUUUCUUUCUUUCUUUCUUUCUUUCUUUCUUUCUUUCUUUCUUUCUU